AUGGAUGACGGAACAAGGAUUUCUGAAGAGGUGGAGGUGUUCCUUCGGGCUGCUCGAGCCAAGGAUACUACCAAAUGCGCUGAUUUUUUGAAGCAAAAUCACAGUCUCAUCAACUCUGUGGAGGCGGGGGGUUUCUCGGCGCUUCACUUCGCUGCCUUCAACGGUGACCUCGAUAUGAUCAACAUGCUGCUAGAGUUUCGACCCAAUCUGGAGCUUAAGAACUAUGACGGCAACACACCCUUGAUUAUGGCAGCAAAAAUGCGGCAACACAAGGCCAUAAAGUUGCUGGUCGAUGCAGGCGCCGAUGUGAAUUUCAGAACACCCACGGGUGGAACAGCUGCUCACUUUUCGGCGUCUAUGGGUCAUGUGGAUACUGUCCGCUACCUGGUGGAGCUUGGCGCUGACAUCAUGCACGAAAACUGUGAGACAGGUACGCUGCUUCACUGGGCUGCUCACUCGGGGGAUGCAGACUGUAUUGGGGCAAUGCUUUACGAGUUCAAGAUUGCAAUCGAUGCAAAGGAUGCCCAUGGUGGAACGGCGUUGUUCACGGCCCUAUACAUGAAACAGGUUGAGGCAGCUGAGUUCCUCCUUGAGCAUGGUGCGGACCCGCAGCUGUUGGUGGAGGGAGACCACUCUACACCACUUCACAUCGCCGUAGAACACGCGAACACAGAGUGCGUAAAACUUCUUUUAAGUUUUGGUGCCAACCCUCAUGCGGCUAACAAGAGCGGUGACACACCUGUGUCUCUUGCUGAGAAAUCCAAGAACGAAGCCAUGCUUAAAGAGCUGCUGAAGCCCGUCUUAAGUGAGGCGAAGCGUAAAGAGGAGGCUGCUCGUUUCAAGGCACAAGGCAACAAGGUCUUUGAAGCUGGUGAGAAUGUCAAGGCCGCAAAGUUCUACACCCUGGCUGUGCACAUGGAUAACAAGAAUCACGUCUUUUUCAGCAAUCGGGCCGCGGCGUAUUUCAAUCAGCGGUAUUACAAGGGGGCGUAUUGGGAUGCGCAGCGUUGCAUCGCUCUGGCACCUGAAUGGCCGAAGGGAUACUUUCGCAAGGCUGCCACUGAGCUCGCUAUGAAGAGGACUGAAGAGGCAUUGAAAACAUGCGAGCAAGGCUUGCGUCUCGAUCCCAAGAACAGCGAUUUAUUGACAACGAAGGAGGAGGCCCGCCGCCGGAGGAACGGCUAA